UUUUUUGUAGAACAGAUUCCUCCGAUUUGUUUUGCCUUCCUCAUUCGCUAGUUGCUAAGGAGAGAACUUAAUACCGUUUUCUUUUUGAUUCGACUCAUUUCGUUGCAGAGUUUAAUGUCUCCAGUGCUUCUCAAAUCAUUCUUGUUUCUCUUCAGGUUUAGUCCGUUCGCCCGGCUUUCCUACUAUGCUCGGUUUCAGCUGCUUUGAUUCUUAGCCUCUUUUGGGUCACCAGCACAAACAAAAUGUCAUGGCUACAGUCUGCAGUUAGCCAAAGCAGUGAAGAUGUAUUUGAUGAAAAUGCAGAUGAGAUGGACAUAGCCCAGAAAGAAUGGAAGAGUGCAAUGGAGAAACGAGUCAAGGAAGGCUAUACGGAAGGUGUUGAAGCUGGGAAAGUGGUAACACUUCAACAAGGCUUCAAUCAGGGUUAUAAAGAAGCAGUAAGGGUGAUGUUUGAAUGUGGCCAGCUCAAAGGAGCCAUAAGUGCUCUUCAGUCUUCGUAUCAUCACAGUAAACAUGGCCCUGCGGUGCUGAAUGAGAUGACUGAUCUGCUGAAUCAAUUAAGAAUAUAUGAAGAAUAUAUGCUUAAGAAUUUAAAUAGUGUAAACCCACAACCCAGUGUUGGAGAUUUGCUACAUACUCUUAAUGACAUGGAUCUUGAUUAUAAAUGCUGUGCUGUUGAACAAUGUAGUAGAACCUGUGCUGAGGUUACUAAAAAUGAUUGCCGAAAUAAUGGAACAGAUUCAUUUCAAAAUGAAUAUUGUGGCAGGAGAGAAAGUUACAAAGGUUCUGAAAGACCAACUCUUUCUUGGCUUAAAGAAAGAACUGCCAGUAUCAUGGAACAAUUUGGGUUGUCUCCAGACACAGUUAAACAUACAUAGCUGUUGCAAAACAAAUUUGUUGCUUUAAAUUAUAUUUAUUUCUAAUAUCCUUUUUGACAAUCACAGGACACUGCAAUGGUCAUAAAUACAAGAACUGGACACAGAGUUAAGAUUGUCUUAAUUUCAAGCUGUCACUGCACAAGGCAGUUGGUAAGACUAUGUAUUUUUUCAACAGAUGAUGGUAAUUAUGUUUCACUUUUAUUAUUUUUAUGAAUAAUCCUGGUGCUGCCCUUUCAUAGUGCCUGGAGGCUGGGGAUGGAGUGGGGGGCUGGAUAAGGGACAAUAGGUUGCAGCUAAACUCUGAUAAGAGUGCUUGUGGAUAUGCGGAGCCUGGGAGUCCAGAGUUUUAUCUUUAGUUCUGGUUGGGGUUGCACUAUUCCAGAUAGACCCAUUGCAUAGCUUGUGGGUUUUCUUAGACUUCAACUACUGCUUAAAGAGCAGGUGGCAGUCAUGACUAGGAGAGCAUUUAAGUAGCUUCAUAUUAUGUGCAAAUUGAUCUUUUCUGUAUUGUGAGGCCCUGCCCUGCCUUCAGCCACUCAUGCCCUGUCACCUUUUGUUUAGCUUAUUGCAUCACACUUGACAUGGGGCUACCUUUUGAAGAGUAUUCAGAAGCUACAAUUGGCCCAGAAUGCAUUAGCAUGGAAUGUUCUGAGGCCCUAGGUGGCACAUAUAAAACCAAUGUUAUGCAAGAUGCACUGGCUGCCAAUCUGCCUCUGGGUCCAGUUCAAGAUGUUGGUUAUCCUCUUUAAAGCCCCUAGGAUAUCUGAGAAACUGCCUUGCCCCAAUGGGACUGGCCUGCCCAUUUGAUCUGGCACAAAUGGCCUACUGCAGACACUCCUAGCCAUAGAAUUUUGGCUGGUGGAGUCUAGGAAAAGAGCCUUUUCUGCCAUGGCCCCUGCCCUUGGAAUAUCUUGCCUCUGGAGGAGAGAUCUGCCCCCACCUCUCUGGAAGGAUCUUAAAACCAGACACUGUUGGAUGCCAUGGAGCCUCGAUGGAGAUCUGAAAGCCAAAGAUGGAUAGUGCAGUGACACUGCAUCAUCCACCUACUACUGCUUUGAGCCAGUCUUUUAGUCUGUAUCAAAUCUUUUGUAUUUUUAAUUUGUUUUAUGUUUAGAAUUGUCUUGUAUCCCUAUUUUGUAAGCUGUCCAGAGUUGCC